ACACAUACACACACAGAAGGAAGAUGGCGGCGACAGCAGCUGCGGGUCCUCCAUAACAAAAACGACUCAAAGUUCAAACUUCGCCCCAGUUUGUUCAACUCGACUCUUCCCGCUCUGACCGGACGAUGAGCGGCCUCCGCCACUUCUGACGGCCCGCUCCUUUCCUGCUGCGGGUCUACGGGAUGUUUGUGUGAGGCUGCCGCCUGAAGUGGACUUUAAACCGGGGCGGUCACACUCAGGUCCAAUAUGGCGGCAGCGUCGUAUGACCAACUGCUGAGGCAGGUGGAGGUGUUAAAGAUGGAGAACUCCAACCUGAGGCAGGAAUUGCAGGACAACUCCAAUCACCUGACCAAGCUGGAGACCGAGGCCUCCAACAUGAAGGAAGUGCUGAAGCAGCUGCAAGGCACCAUAGAAGAAGAGUCUGGGGAAGCGUGUGGCUCUCAGCUGGAGCUCAUUGGAAGGUUGAAAGAGUUGAGUCUGGACUCAGCCGGCUUUAAAUCCAGGUCCAGGCCUUCCCUGGUCCCCUCUUCCAUCUCCAACUCAGCCUCUUCUUCUUCAGGAGCUCCUGCAGGAGCAGCAGGAGGUGCUGGUGCUCCAGGCCCUUCAACGAGCACCGCCUUCCCCAGGAGAGGGCUGCCGUCUGCGGGCAGAGACAGCCAUGACCGCUGCCUUGAGGAGCUGGAGAAGGAGAGGUCUCUCCUAUUGGCUGAGCUGGAUAAGGAGGAGAAGGAGAAGGACUGGUACUACGCUCAGUUACAGGAUCUAACCAAGAGGAUCGACAGUCUGCCGCUCACUGGGAAUUUUUCUCUGCAGACGGACUUAAAACGCCGUCAGCUGGAAUACGACGCUCAUCAACUCCGAACAGCGAUGGAGAAGCAGUUGGGCUCCUGUAAGGAGAUGGAGAGGAGAGCUCAGACCCGUGUGGCUCGGAUUCAGCAGAUAGAGAAAGACAUCCUGAGGUUGGGAGUGCGGCUGCAGGUAACCUCACCUGUUGAAGGUGCUCAGGGGGUGAGCGAAAGCAGUGGAUCGGCUGGAGCACAGAGCACAGGCACCCGACUGGACCACGACCCUUCCAAUGAGACAAGCUACUCUGUGCCUCGACGAAUCACCAGCCACCUGGGAACGAAAGUGGAGAUGGUGUACAGCCUGCUGUCCAUGUUGGGGACUCACGAUAAGGACGACAUGUCGCGGACGCUGCUCGCCAUGUCGAGCUCGCAGGACUCGUGCAUCGCCAUGCGUCAGUCCGGCUGCCUCCCGCUGCUCAUCCAACUGUUGCAUGGCAACGACAAGGACUCCCUGUUACUAGGUAACUCCCGCGGCAGUAAGGAGGCACGUGCACGGGCGUCAGCAGCGCUCCACAACAUCGUGCACAGUCAGCCCGACGAUAAGAGGGGCAGGAGGGAGAUCAGAGUGCUCCACCUGCUGGAGCAGGUGCGCCAUUACUGUGAGGCUUGCUGGACCUGGCAGGAGAACCACGAGAGGGGCAUCGACCAGGAGGACAAUCCCAUGCCGUCUCCCGUGGAUCAUCAGAUCUGUCCGGCGGUUUGUGUCCUUAUGAAGCUUUCCUUCGAUGAAGAGCAUCGACACGCCAUGAACGAGCUCGGUGGUCUGCAGGCAGUGGCGGAGCUGCUGCAGGUGGACUGUGAGAUGUUCGGUCUGAGCAGUGAUCCCUACAGCAUCACUUUGCGGCGUUACGCCGGCAUGGCCCUCACCAAUCUCACCUUUGGAGACGUAGCCAAUAAGGCCACGCUGUGCUCUAUGAAGGGCUGCAUGAGAGCGAUGGUUGCUCAGCUGAAGUCUGAGAGUGAGGACCUGCAGCAGGUGAUAGCCAGCGUGCUGAGGAACCUGUCGUGGCGCGCUGAUGUCAACAGUAAGAAGACACUGCGUGAGGUGGGCAGUGUGCGAGCACUGAUGGGCUGUGCUCUCGAAGUUCAGAAGGAGUCGACCCUGAAGUCCGUGCUGAGCGCACUCUGGAACCUGUCGGCUCACUGCACAGAGAACAAGGCAGAUAUCUGCGCUGUGGAUGGCGCACUGGCAUUUUUGGUGGGAACACUGACGCAUCGCAGCCACACCAACACGCUUGCCAUAAUCGAGAGCGGCGGCGGCAUCCUGCGAAAUGUGUCGAGCCUCAUUGCCACCAACGAGGCGCACAGGCAGAUUCUGCGGGAACAUGGGUGCCUGCCGACGCUGCUGCAACACCUGAAAUCUCACAGCCUCACCAUCGUGUCCAACGCCUGCGGCACACUCUGGAACCUCUCCGCCCGUGACGCCAAAGACCAGGAGGCCUUAUGGGAGCUGGGUGCGGUGGGCAUGCUGCGUAACCUCAUCCACUCACGCCACAAGAUGAUUGCCAUGGGCAGUGCUGCAGCCCUGCGUAAUCUGAUGGCCAACCGCCCAGCACGCUACAAGGACGCCAGCGUGGUGUCGCCUGGCGCCGGUGCUCCAUCGCUUCAAGCCCGUAAACAGAAGGCGCUAUUUGAGGAGCUAGAUGCACAGCAGCUGUCAGAGACCUUCGAUAACAUCGACAACCUGAGCCCCAAGGCGGCACACAGGAAAGGGCGGGGCUGCAACGGUGCUGGAGGAGGAGCGGGCAGCACAACGCGCUCGUACACAAAUACACCGGUGCUGUCGAGCCCAAAGAGCGGAGACGGAUCAAAGAGGACGACUGAGGAGGCAGCUUACACUCGCUCAGUCUUCCCGCCCAGCGUGCGGGCAUCCAGCGACAGCCUCAAUAGUGUGACGAGUGCCGACGGCUAUGGCAACCGAGGGAAGACCAAACCGUCCUCUGAACCGUUCUACUCGUCUGACGAGAGUAGUGCCAACAAAUGCUGUGUCUACAGGAAGUACCCGGCUGACCUGGCCCAUAAGAUUCGCAGUGCCAAUCACAUGGCGGACGAUGACGGCGGCGAGCUGGACACGCCCAUCAACUACAGCCUGAAGUACUCCGACGAGCAGUUGAAUUCUGGACGGCAGAGCCCAAGUCACCGUGGCAGCAUUGAGAGUGAUGACGACAGCGAGCAGGACACUAGACUGAGGAGGAACGAUGGCAGCGAAUCAGCAGCCGGCAGCGGGCACAUCGCAGCAGUUCCGCCUCCACGCUACGUUGUUGUCGCAGCGACAUCAAAUUAUGGCACUGACUCUACACCUGAGCAGCCAAUUGACUACAGCCUGAAGUACGGUGCUGAUGCUGCCCGCAAACCACUCUUCAAGCCAGAAGACACUCCUGCCCCCUCUAUGCCCCCACCCCCAUCAGCUUCUGCCAACAAGCUCCGCCCCCCGCCUCCCGCCAGCACUCGGACAGCACCAAAAAGUAAUCAGGAAUCGACCCAGACGUACUGUGUGGAGGACACACCCAUCUGCUUCUCCAGAGGCAGCUCGCUGUCAUCGCUGUCCUCGGAGGAGGAAGUCGACGGUGAUGUCAUUGGGAGGAAAAGGAAAGGUGGGAGCGGUGGCGGCAGCAGUAAUGACUACCCAACACUUCCUGUCAGUGAGAAGGACGCACAUGAACAGCAGCAGCGGAAAGAAGCUGAGAGUCAGACCACCGCCGCCCCCUCCAUACGGGGGCGUCGUGGUCAUCACCACGGCCACCACCACCACCACCACCAUGUGACAUCAUCAGGUGCCAGGACUCCUAAAAGCCCACCAGAGCAGCCAUACGCCCAGGAGACACCGCUGAUGUUCAGCCGCUGCACGUCCGUCAGCUCCCUCGACAGUUUCUCCACCUCUUCCAUCGCCAGCUCCGUGCGCUCCAGCGAGCCCUGCAGCGGCAUGCCAAGUGGCGUGGUCAGCCCCAGCGACCUGCCUGACAGCCCAGGUCAGACCAUGCCACCGAGCCGUGCCAAGACGCCACCACCGCCGCAAAAAACAGAGGAGGAAAAGUCCAAGAAGAAGGAUGAGGAGGAGAGCAGCGCCGAUGUCCUGCUGCACUUUGCCACCGAGAGCACGCCACAUGGUUUCUCCCGUGCCUCUAGUCUGAGCGCGCUCAGUCUGGAUGAGCCCUACAUUGCAGCAGAGAUGAAGAAGAAGAAGAAAGAGGAGAAGGAGGGAGGGGCUGAGGAAAGGAAGGAGGAGCCUCCUAAACCAAUCCUCGACGAAUCAGAUGACGAUGAUGACAUUGAGAUCCUGGAGGCGUGCAUUAACAUGGCCAUGCCUAAAUCGUCACGGAAACCAAAGAAGGAGCAGCAAGCAGCGCCACGGAAACCGAGUCAGCUUCCUGUCUACAAGUUACUCCCACCUCAAAGCCGGGGCCAGUCGCAGCAGAGGAAGGACGUCCCGCCACCGGAGGAGGUGCCAAGAGUUUAUUGCGUGGAAGGAACGCCGCUCAACUUCUCAACCGCCACCUCUCUCAGUGACCUAACUAUCGACUCCCCACCCAAUGAGGAGGCAGCAACAGCCCUUGUACCUGUAGCCCAGCCCACCUCUGUGCCUAGGCGGCGGGCGGGAUUUCCUGAGGGUGAGAAUGGAGACGACAUCCUUGCAGAGUGCAUCAGUGCCGCCAUGCCCAAAGCCAAACCCAGGAAGCCCAUCAGAGCAGCAGCAAACAGUGAACACCUACAAGCCCCACCUCUGCCUCCUCCUCUUCCUCCUCCAGCCCCAUCUCCCCUCAGCCUGCAGCAGCAGCAACAAAAGAAGAAGCCUACGUCGCCCGUGAAGCCGAUGCCUCAGCGAACGCCGUAUGGUGUCGGCACAACAGCAGCCGCAAAAGCAAAGCCAGGAUUCGCUUUUGACUCACCACACCACUACACGCCUAUUGAAGGAACACCAUGCUGCUUCUCACGCAACGACUCACUGAGCUCCCUUGACUUUGAUGAAGAGGAUGGCGGUGAGAAGGAUGAAGAGGAAAAGAAGGCAAAAGAAGAAGAAGGCAGGAAGAGGAAGCAGCAGACUGCGGCCGUUUUCCCUCGCACCAAACCACCAACCAACCAGACAGCUACGGACGAGAAGCAGAAGUUCGCCAUCGAGGACACGCCCGUCUGUUUCUCCAGAAAUUCCUCGCUGAGCUCGCUGAGUGACAUCGACCAGGAGAACAACAACAAGGAGUUUGCCCCGCCACCACCGCCAGAGCAGCAAGAUGGAGGCAAAGCAGAAGCAGAAUCCCCUCCCCCUCCAGCAGAGCUUGAGCUGAAGCCCCGCCCACCUGCAGCCAGUGGCUACGCCCCCAAAGCCUUCCAUGUGGAGGACACGCCCGUCUGCUUCUCCAGGAACUCAUCACUCAGUUCACUGAGUAUCGACUCAGAGGAUGACCUGCUGCAGGAGUGCAUCAGCUCUGCCAUGCCCAAGAAAAAGAAGAAGGCCGCCAGCCUCCCUGCACCCUCCACAGCUGCAGCGCCACUUCCUCUCUCCAAAGCCGAAGACAGCAUUCUGGCUGAAGAGGAGCCUUCAGAGGCACCUCGGAGCCCCACCUCCCCGGACUCUGAGUCCUUUGAUUGGAAGGCCAUCCAAGAAGGAGCCAACUCCAUCGUCAGCAGCCUGAAUGCUGCCGCCGCUGCCUCCUCGCUGUCCCGUCAGCCUUCUUCAGAUUCUGACUCGGUCCUGUCACUGAAGUCCGUCGGCUCGCCCUUCCACCUUCCGACAGGCAAUAACAACGCAGAGGAGGAGCCAGAGGAGAAGGCAAGGCGAGGCGCAAGGAUCCUGAAGCCCGGAGAGCGAAGCACACUGGAAGCCAAGAAGAAAGAGGAAGAGGAGGAUGAGGAAACAAAGGCUGUGAGGGGUGGGAAGAAGGUGUACAGGAGUCUGAUCACGGGCAAGCCGAGGGUGGAGCAAGCAGCCAGGGGGAGGAGCAAACCCCGAGCAGCCGCUGUGGCCAAACCUCCCGGAGGCAGCGAUGCAGACAGAGGGGGUGGGUCCUCUCGGGAUUCCACUCCAUCUCGCUCCACCCCAGCACCCAGUCAGAAGGGAGGGAAGCUAUCGCAGCUGCCACGCACGGCAUCUCCAGGAAGUGCAUCAUCAUCCUCCGCUUCAAGGAACACCAACCCCAGUGUGGCCCCGAAGAGUCGUGGCGGUAUCCCGAGGAGCGAAUCUGCAUCAAGAGUUGGCAGCUCUGCUGCCGCCAAGAAGCAGAAGGCGGAGCCUGAGAAGCCAGCGCUUGUGAGACAGUCGACCUUCAUCAAAGAAGCUCCAAGUCCAACACUGAAGAGGAAGCUGGAGGAGUCAGCAGUGGCAGCCGCGCUGGAGUCGCCGUCCAGCCCUGAUACACCGCUGCCACCCACCGCCCGGAGGCACGACAUCAACCGCUCACACUCUGAGAGCCCGUCACGCCCACAGGAAGUGACAUCAUCUCGUUUCAGCCGCACUGGCACCUGGAAGCGGGAAAACAGCAGCGGCGGAGGAGGAGCAAGUGGUGGGAAACACUCAACAUCUCUCCCACGCGUGGGCACCUGGAAGAGGACAGGAAGCUCAUCGUCUGUGCUGUCGGCAUCUUCCGAGUCCAGCGAGAAGGGGCGGAGCGAGGAGGAGAGCACUGUGAGGUCAAAGGGAACGUGGAGGAAGACGAAGAAUGGUGGAGACCCGUCAGGCAACCGCAGCUUCAUGGACAAGCCUGAAGAUGUGUGGGUCCGUCUGGAGGACUGUCCCGUCAACAAUCCCCGCUCAUCGUCCGCGUGCUCUGCUCGCUCACCCACGGCUGCCAACGCCCCGCCCAUCAUUGACAGCCCCGCUCCCUCCAAGAUCCCCUCUUCCUCAUCUUCCUCCUCCUCCAACCUCAACCUGCGUCGCAGCUGCGAGAGCCUUGAUGACAAGCCAGCACCACCUGAACGCCAACCGCAACAACCACCGCCCCAGCCACAGCGCGGUCAGCAGCGCAGCGGGGCUGUGGCGGCUCGAGUCAGCCCUUUCAACUACACACCGAGUCCAAGGAAGAGCAGCGUGGAAGUCACCACCUCUGCCGCCACCACCACCACCACCACAACAUCCUCUACUACCCCCACACGGCCGUCGCUUAUCCCCACCCCCAUCACCAAGAAACGUGAGCCAAAGGGUGGAGAGGGGGGCGGUGGCGGCAGCAGCGGGGGCGGGGGGGAACGUGGCUCAUACAUCGUGACGUCUGUGUAAAUAUGGAGGAACGCCAGGAAGUGUUUAUGAAAUGAGCUGUACAGGAAGUGAGUGUAUUUAAGUGCUAUCCCCACCCCCCUCACCUGUUCCUCUCUCCUGAUUGGCUCCUGCCAGCUGUCUGUCAGCUCCAAUGAAACUCUAACAUGAACUUUUUAUGUUUUUAUACCACUAAAGAAUAUGUGUAGCGCUUAGCUUCGCCCCCGCCUUACCCCGCAUGGCCCUGCCCCCUAACAUGACAGUAACCAUGGACACGAUGAUGAUGAUGAUGAUUCUGCGCCUUCGAUAGUUUUUUAUGUUUUUUGAAUUGAGUUUGGUUCUGACCAAAACAAGUUGAUCCAUCCAAUCAGUGAGCCCCUUCCCCAGCCAAUCACAGUGAUCCUCUGAACUUAUACACAAUCACAUUCAACCUCCUCCAGCCAGUCACACAGCCCCUCCCCUCAGGUGAUCACCUGUUCUGUCAGAACCUCUCUCUUCUUCUGAGGAAGUCCACUGCCGACUCGAAAACCCGAGACGGUCCCUGAGGCUCGGCAGCAGACUUCCUGUGUGUCGCCGUGGAAACAGAUAACACUGUAAACCGUAAGUUAUUGCUGUAAACUCUGAACUGAAGCACAUAAUUUAAACAAGCAGAGUUUGGUUCCUGAUUUUAAAUCUGAACAUUAAAACGAAUGCAACACGA